AACCAUUUUGUUCUGUUUGGAAGUAUCUUGUUUCUCGAACGGAAUUGACUACGAAUUCAGAGCUCCAAAGAUAUCCUCAAAAGGAAAAAGAAAGAAAUCGAGUAUUUUCACGAAAGUCAAGAAAAGAAAAACUGAAGUCGAAAUGAACUCGGGGGGUGGCCGUGGAGCAGAUGGGGAGCUGCCAUCGAUGUCCAAGCGUCAAUCCCAAGAUGGCGAAGGACAACCUCCCAGGAGACGCCGGCCGGAGGACGGAGCUGCGUCGGAGACGGAUUGGUUCAGGCGGACCGCGUUGCAUCGUGCGGCAUUGAGCGGAGACACGCAGAGGAUCAGGGAGCUGCUGGAAGGAGGAUGGAACACGAGGGCGAGGGAUCUGAAUGGAAUGACGCCCCUCCACCUGGCCCUGUUGUAUGAGAAGGAGGCCGCGGCGGAGUUGCUGGCGGACGCGGACUGCAUCACGGAUGUGGUGGAUUUCUACAAGCGCACCCCUCUGCAUCUCGCUGCCGAGUGUGGGUUCGUGAAUGUCGUCCGUAUCCUGCUCGCGGGAGGGGCGAAUGCAAGUGCGAAAGACAGAAGUGAAAGCACGCCCCUCCAUUUUGCCGUGAUCUCUAGGAUGGAGGCCGCGGCGGAGGUGCUGCUGGAGGCCGCCGCCGAAUGCGACGGGCCGGACAUGGAAGGCCGCACCCCCCUGCACUACGCUGUGAGAGAAGGUCUCCCGCGGAUAGUUCAAUCUUUGCUGUCGAGGGGUGCGCGUUUGAAGCUUAAAGAUAGAGAUGGACACUGUCCCCUGUACUUGGCCCUGUGGUGUAGACAAGACGAUGUGGCGAGGGUGCUUCUGGCGACCCACGCCUGGAGGAAUAUCGAGGUACAUUGGGAGGAGAUGGGGCUCCCACAGGAGCAAAAGGAGCGCGGCGUCCGGCUGCUCUCCGAGUGCGAGGCCGAGAUGAGGGAGGCCCGGGUGGAGGGUCCCGCCUCUCCCUCCGCGACCUCGCCCACCGACACCCCUCCCGCCUGGCCCAACGCCUCACCUCCUCCUCGUCCGGCUGGGGGAGGUCCGGGAGAGGAGGGCCCUGGAGGACCGCUUCCUGCGCUGCUUCCCCCUCCUCUGCCCGCCCCUGCCCACCACCUGCACCGACGUCCUCCUCGCGUGCCUGGCGGACGACGACCUGAGGAACUUCGCCCGGGCCGCAGAGCUCUAGUCCCUGGCGAAAAAGAAAAUAAAGAUCAGUACUUGAACUGUAUGAAUCUUUUGUUUUUGAGUGUGCCCGAGAUAGUUGACUGAGCUUUAUCUGCUGUUUUCGUAAACAAACCAGUUUGUCUUGUCAAGAUGAUUAUUCUGAGACACCUUUUAAAUAGCUUUGUACAUCAUGUGUGAAAUGCUUUGUGUGUAUGAAUCACGUAAUAAAAGGAAUA